AUACUGCCGUAGUGUUAGCAAACAUCCUGCUUGCUCGCUCUCGCCACACUCAUCUCUUUCCUGGGUUAGUGUCUCCCUUUCUGCUUUUGUCCAUCCGUGCGUGCUCCCGUGUGCUCCCAUUCAUUCAUAAUAAUCUCUCGUCCGGUGUUGGCUUGCAUCUCUUUUAUCAUCUCGUGCCGCCCAAUGCCACCUUGUCUCGCGGUGCUUUAUAGUAGCUUCGGCAACCAGAGCACACUAAGUUUGUCACUCUUGCCCUAAGGCCGCCAGUCGGCAAGCAUGCGAUCUGGGACUUUUCGUUCGGGCGAAAAGGUUCUUCCGUCGCGCUUCGAAAAGUAGUGCAGUUUUACUCGUAUGCGACACUUUCUGGCUCCUUGGCUUCUGCAGUGGUGUGCUUUUUUGCAGCGGAUCCAGCUCGCACCACCACCAGACGAGACAAAAUCUGCUGGUGUGUCCCCGGUACGCGGUCGCCUCCUCCGAACCACCUUCGCCGUCCACCCUCCGUACGCACGAAGGCAGGGGGUUUGUGAGUGCGUUUGUGAAUGUUUGUGUUAAUUUCGUGAAAUUAGUUCGACCGGAGUGCGAUGCGGACGCGGCACGGUUAAGCUCACUGCCGCCAGAACCUCACUAACCAACCCCGUCGUCGUCAUCGUCAUCAGCAGCAGCAGCUUCCCCAUCGGCCAACCUGCCUGCCCCGACGUCGUCGUAGUCGUGGUCGUUGUCUUCGUUGUCACCAGCCACCAGCCACCAGCGCCGUCAAAGUCAGUGUCAGUCCAAUUCUUCUUUGUACCUCUUCUUGAUCGCCCUAGGCACUACGAUAAGUGAAGUUUGGUGGAAAAAGGCAUUUUGUAGGCAAAAAAGGACAUUUCCGGUAUGUCGAUCGUGUUAUGUAAUGUUGCUUCAAAAACUAAUAACGACAAUAACGUUAACAAUGACAAUAUUAGUGAGGAUUCAAAUCCGGUCACAAUCUACAGGUGCCGUGCUCCCAUAGCUUCACUAGAUUGCAUGGAGGAAUUUAGUGGCACGACUGCUCAGCUAGAUUUUGGUCGUUCCACAAGUUUGGGGUCCAAUCCGGCCAUACAAAUACGCAGCAAUGCAACGACGACGCCCGGUUUGCGCUACAAAAAUCUCGGCAAGAGUGGCCUGCGCGUCUCGAACGUCGGCCUCGGCACAUGGCCCAUCUUUUCGCCGGGCGUUUCCGAGGAGCAGGCGGAAGCAAUCCUGCGUCUGGCCGUCGAUAGCGGAAUCAAUUUAUUUGACCUUUCCGAGGCGCAUUCAGGUACACGUGCGGAAAUAGAGCUGGGAAAGAUCAUUCAAAAGGCAGGAUGGAAGCGAACCAGCUUCGUCAUAACAACAAAAAUUUAUUGGAGCACAAAAUCCGAGGAGCGAGGAUUAUCGAGAAAACACAUCAUCGAAAGUGUCCAAGCGAGCCUGCAAAGGUUGCAGCUGCCAUACAUCGACGUCAUACUGGUACACAAGGCGGAUUCUAUGUGUCCGAUGGAAGAGAUUGUGCGGGCCAUGAAUUACGUCAUAUCGCAGGGAUGGUCCAUGUACUGGGGAACUGCACGGUGGUCACCCGUAGAGAUCAUGGAAGCCUACACCAACUGCCGGCAGUUUAACUGUGUGACCCCGAUCGUGGAACAGUCGGAGUAUCAUAUGUUCUGUCGCGAGAAGGCGGAGCUCUACCUGCCGGAGAUGUACAACAAGAUUGGCGUCGGGUUUAUGGCUUGGGGCCCACUGUCCAUGUGCUUGGGCGAUGCGCAGAACGGCGAGAAGCUCUGGAUACCGAAGGGAUCGCUCAAGAGCAAAAGCCAAAGCUACUCCUGGAUCGAGGAUGAAGUAAACAAAGAAGAUCUGCAGGACGAAGCACGCCGGCUGUACGACAAAGCGCGGGACAUCAGCAAUCUGGCGGAAAAGCUGGGCUGCAACGCGGUGCAGCUAUCAAUUGCGUGGUCGCUUAAGCACGAGCCGGUACAAUGUUUGCUGCUCGGUGCAACCUCCCCGGAACAACUCCAUCAAAGCCUGCAAGCGCUACAGUUACUGCCACGGCUGUCGACCGGUGUGAUGCUGGAAAUAGAACGCAUCCUCGAAAACAAACCGGUGCGUCCACCGCCGAUAUCUACGCUUGCGCUUCGGUGACAAUCAGCCUGCCCCCCGGGGCCUCCUAGCGAAAGCGGAGUUCCGUGUGGGGCAGAAUCGCCUAAAGAGGAAGACAUCAGCAUGGGUGAGGAGCAGAAAGAAUCGCAAAAGAUUAGCUUCUGCGAAAUUCAGUGACAAAACGAGAAUUUAGUAACCAGUAACCAAUUUGUAAACGUCGUCACUAGUGUUACGGAACGUAGCUCAGCACUAACGCUUCAAGACUGCUGCCAUACGCCCUCAGCACAGCAGCAGCAGCAGCAACAGCAGCAACAGAGCAUGCAACCACGUCAGCAGCAAAUGCACCAACCGUACCAUCCGCACCAGUCGCAGCAGUCCCAGCAUCAGCAGCAUCAACAGCAUCAGCAGCGUCAGCAGCGUAGUGUUCAACAGCAGCGAAUGCAAAAGCAGCUUGUAAGGCACCCAAAGCUGUGGCGGCAGCGGCAGGAGAGAAGCGUGCUGAAGCCGAGCCUGCUAAGCCUGGAGUCGCUGAGCGUUAGCUUGGAGAGUCUCUUCUACGAUCAGGCUGGUUUAGAUAGCAAAUUUAACAAUUCCUCCACGGCCACCGGUACGAUGCAGUCGACAAGCAGUACCAUUAGCACUACCAGCGGUGUAACUGGGAUCGGCGAGGAAAAGCAGCAACAGCAGCAGCAGGCACACCAAUUAGUAGAUUGCUUAAAGUCAAUUGACCACACGUUGAUGGGUGAGAAGAAGAUUAGGUAUAAGAUUUCGUGCAGCUUCAAAUCGUUGGACAGCAAUUGCAAAUCGCUGUUCAACUUUCUGCGCGGCAAAGGCACCGCGAACGGGGUCGCACCGGCCAAGUCGAAGUCGGUGUCGGGAGAUUGUGAAGCAGUUGCGGCACCUGCUGCCAACGCCCUGGUCGUACAUCACCAGCCACCGGGACACGGUGUUCGCAUGCUGCUGAACCGGAAGCUGUUCAGUGAUCGCCGGGACAGUGUGCUGCUUGCACCGUGCAUUAAUGUGGCGGAGAGUUAAGCGGCGCGACUAGGCGCACUCCAAGGGUCAUGGGAACCUGCGUUACGUUACGGGGCUCUUGUAUGACGCCUGGCUCAAUCCUCAAAGCAAUCGAACGCAAUUUACUUUGUGUUUCGCCAAAUGAAGACAACAACAAAAAGGGACGACAGGGACACACACGUACGUGUGGGUUUCGCUGGUAAAGUUUAUACGCAACUUCAGAAGAGAGACAGCACUAUUGUUUACGAAGCGCUUUGUUUAUUGCUUCUGGUAAACAUUGUCCGAGUUAUGGGAACAAGGCGAAAUAUGCAAUUGAAACCAAACACAAACACACACACAGACACACAAGUUGUUAACGUCUAUACUUAUGAUGUUAAAAUUCUAAUAAUGUAAUAAUCACACACACACACACACACACACACACACACACACACACACACACACACACACACACACAACAAGACGCGUUGUCCGCGAAAGAAGAUAUUGUGCGGCGGCAAAUGUUUGGAGGGAGAAUAUCUCAGCCAUAUACUAAACGUAAGCUUUCUGUACAGAACAGAUUGAAAAAAAACAUACACACACAAACAUCGUUGCGUCGAAGCAGAUGACUUUGAGAGAGUAGCAUAAAGUAUAGCUAGUAGCAGCGGAUAUUGUAAACGCGAUUAUUUUAUUCAACGUAUUAGCACGACGAGAUUAAUGGCAUACAAAUCGAUUCUACUUCUAACGAAAGCCUAUACCAGUAGAGGGAACUGCAACAACACGUUUCAAACACUCACGCACUAUCUACUAUAUACUAUAGAUAUUGUACUCGUACUUCGUUAUAAUAUGUUGCUUCCGAAUCUGCUACGAAAGGCUCGUGAUUGAUAAAACAUAUAAGCGGAAAACAACAACAACAACAACAACAAACAUUGGACACAAGAUGGCGGAUUGGGUCACAAAACCCUCCCGCGGAAGAAGUACUACGUUGUGAGAAUACCGAAUACCGAAACCACUGCUCGACAGCUCGGAAACCCAGCCUUUACACGACGCAGCUCAGAGGCGUGCAACACCGCGAACGUGAAACGGUGAAAAUGGACGAGUGAAAAGUGAAACAGUAAACUGAAACAACAAUCACACACUGACCGCAAAACAGCAAAACGUUACCAUGCGAACACAGAGAACACAUUCGUUCAGUCCCUGUCUGCCUAACAGCACUACUAUUGAAAGCAAUUUUUAAAUCCGCAGCAUAUCAUCAUCAUUAGUUAGGAUGGGAAGCAAUUAUGAGUGCGAAAAUGGGAAGCCGGAUGGGUUUUUGCAUUUAAUAUGCCUGUGUUUUCUGUUCCGUCGCGUUUGGCUUUCAGUUUGCCUAGAUAAUUAUACCAUUCACGUCAGUUUGCAACAGUCAUACGUUUCUGAGCACUCCUGUUGAAAGCGCGAUAGGAAACGUCGUACACCAGCACAUACACUAUUAAAACAUUGCUCACAUUGUGCAGCAGAACGAUAAGUUAGAAGAAAAUGCGUGCUCAUGUAAAGUUAAAAAACAUACACACAUACACACACACACACACACACACGACUUAGAUUUCUACCGUAUCCGACAGAAACCGAAUUCAAGAAACUCCCAAAGAAAAGUUAAAUAAGCCGCGAUAACCAUUAAGCAAGCCAGCAAGCAGGCCAUACCUGUCCAGCACUGGUGACUGGUGAUGCUGAUUGCAGCUAGAAACGAAAAAAUCAAACGUAGAGGAACUCGAAAUCCGUUUUGCCAAUCUCAGAAUAGCCGAGCAGCAGCAGCAGCAGCCUAAGGUGAUUUUUACAAGCAGCAAGCUAAUCAAGCCGGAAUAUCGAUUAGUUAGAUAGAUUACAAAGUAGAUUAAGGGCUGCGAGAGUCGGGCCGAAGAUUGGUAGAAACGGUUCAUUGCUAGCGAGUGUGCGACACGGGUUCGUUAACUGUCAAAACUUUUCUUUCUUCAGCAGCACUUGGCCGUACGGGAUGUGGAUGAAACGAGCGUGAUUUUAUUCAAAUUCGGUUCGAUUGGAUAGCGGCAACCCAAGGGGGGUGCUUUAACAGCAUACGAGCAUAAACGACGCUUUUGUAAGAUGGAAGAAAGACGAGCAUAACACAGACGAGGACGAGGGCUAUUUGCGAAAUCAAAACAAUGGAAAAGCAUCCGUCAAGAUUGCAACUGAAGAGUGGUUGAAAUGAUUAUUCCAUCCUGAUCAAGCUCUAGUUCUAGUGAAGCUCGACAAAACAUACGUUACUAGUUGAUCCCAGUUUUUUCUCACUGUUUAUAGCGAGUGCACACGGCAGUUUAAUGGGGAGUUCGAGAUAAGUAACACAAAAACACAAACAUGAACCGCUGAUGGGCGGAUACAAUUUUGUGGUAAAAGUAUUUCAGUACAAUAUAAAGCUAAACAAGAAAAAAACAAAACCACAUAGUAAUAAGCAAGCACCCACAGCUAAAAAUCGAAUAGGUAGUGAAAGUUGCGCCGAAUAUUGCAAGCCGUAUAGAAACGAAAGGCCGCCUCUAAAGCGAUGAUGCAAACUUAAACCAGAAAAAAACCACACAAAAAAGAACAAAAAUCCUUAAACUAUAAGCAGCUAAACAUUAUCACCACUCGCUGGGAACUGCGCUGAGGGAUUGAUUGAGGGGAACGAAGAGGUGGUAAGGUAACCCCAGGUGGACAGAUGUGGAGGGGGUUAAAUUUUUUGCAAUAUCAUUCUAAUAGCAAUGUAGUUCAUCUAAGUUUAAACGUAAACGAAACCCAGCCCCCACCAUUGGAUCCAUCUGGAGCAUCUGGAACGCGGGGAGCCUGCGGAAGUGAUGUUGCGACGCGACGAUUUUGCAACCAACAACAAAGCUCGAGAAUAAUAUAUAUAUAUAUAUUUAAUGAAUAGUAGUAUAUAUACACAUCUUAUAACAAAACAAAAGAGAUAAAAGAGAAAACAUUAAAGCAAACAAACAAUAAUUUUACUAUCUUCAGCUCUGCCAAAAGUGCAUCUUUUAGAAUAAUUAUAAAUCAAAACAAACCAAAAAAGGAACAUUGAUGAAUAAAUAUGGAUGUGAAGGAUGUGGUUUAGAUCUCCCACAAUGGGUGGGGCAUCACACACACACACAGACACACAAUCACACCAAAACAUGAACAAACACACAGCAAAUCCACAACCUUAAUGGAUAAUGGAUAAGUGGAUAAUGAAAAUGAGUAAGAAACAACAUAGAACAAGCAACAAUAUGAAAAGCUAUCGCUCUCUCCCUUUCUUAUGAAAUGAUUCUACUACUUUUGGGUAAACUCAACACAACACAACAGCAAGUACUGCAAAACACGCAUCACAUCUAUUCAUCAAGAGGGCGGCUUCGAAGGGCAUCGAUCGAUGCAAGUAGGAUAAGGCAACCGAUUUAGUAAACGCUAACCAGAGUACCAGAUAAGCUAAGGGCCGAAUGUGUGUAUGGUAGGUAGCAGCAGUACGGUGAUCAGCUCUGUAGCGCAUCGGCACGUGAUCAAGCAAACGCAACGCAAAAGCAACAACAACAAAAAAAUCCAAACAAAACCAUACAUUAGCGAUAGUAGUAGCAAAACUAAGCAAAAAAGAAAAACAAAACUAACGACACCAAUCGUAGCAAUUCGAAGUGUUCGAACACGGUCAAGAAGAAGCUCGACCGACGGGAUUUGCAGGCGGAACAUGUAGUGAAGGAAGAGAAUUGAACAAGCAAAAACAAAACCAAAAAACUGCACACAACACACACAUUAUUAUUAUACCUUAUAUAUAAAUAAUAUAGAUAUGUAUGGUAGGAAAGCUAACGAUGCGUAUUGUUUACUAUUUUGCAAGCCUUCCUAUAGUACGUGGGGCACGGCAGGUUCAGGGAGCAGGAGGGGCAUUCGAGCCGUUUAUCGAAAAGCAUCUACAUACUAACUACUACAUACAAAGUUCUGUUCAAACCAAGAUGGAGAAGAAAAACAAAACGAAGAAAAGCGUUGUUACGACGGGGUCGCUAAAUAGCUAGCUUUCUCUCUAGAUAGCAUAUUUUAUCGUUUUUGCUUUAAGCACUCUACUACAAGCCUGUCGAUAUUAGUGAUUUUUUCAAGACACGUUAUAUCUAUAAAUUUAAACAAAUGAUUCAAUAUUUUUCAUCUUUACCGCCAAACGGGCUGUAAUGCGAUAGAUGGUAGCGGAGAUUAUCUAUACAACUAAUAUGCGAAACAGAGAAGAAAUGAGGGGGUGGAAAAAUCGCACUGGAAUGAUGAGAGAAAAAAAAACACGUUAACUAGCUCUAACGCAGCGCGCUAGAAUUCCAAAAUCCAUAUACUAUUAAACACACAAGAAACACACACAACAAACAACGUGAAAAAAAUUGCUGGCAAAAAAAGGAACUAAAACUUACACAUAAAAUGAACAGCUAGUUACAAUACCAUUUCAAAUUUUUCUUCUGAUACGUGAGCGAGAGAGAGAGAGAGAGAGAGAGAGAGAGAGAGAGAAAGAGAGGGUUUAAAUCUUCGCAAAUGCGUACUAAUAACAAAACAACCAACAAAAAAAAAAACAACACUUAACAAUUGUGAUAAAGAAACAAACAGAAACACUACAAAACUUGCUUGUACAUCGUAAUAUAAUGUUUACUAAUUAUUAUUGCACACCAAGCGCAGAGAAAGCGAACAACCAACCAAAACAACCGCGAGAGUGAACGAGCAAAAUAAAAUAAGGAAUUCUAACAAAACUUCAACGAAUAAAGCAGACUCCUUCCUAGCGCGGGGGUUUUUGCUCCUUCACUUUCCCUCUUUGUUUGUUUUUUUUUUUGGUAGAAUCCCUUCCCCACCAACCUUUCCUACCCUGCGUUCCGUUCGGGCGGGGUACGUUGUACAUGUUCAAACAAUAUUCGGAAUGUGUGCUUAUCACAGCACACUUCCAUCUGACCAACUGCAAACGUUUGAACAUUCGCUCCUUAAAAACCCGCAAGCCACCCAGUUUAGCCCUUCCUAGGCUAUUGCUUUUUAAACAUCCUUUAAAAAUCCUUUUUCGCGAAUGACUUUAGGCGAGGAACAAACAAAACAACACACAGCCAUUCAAGUAUUGUAGUAGUACGAGCUGCAGCAGGUACAUCGGACGGCAGGCUCGCUAACGACUAAGUUCCCGGUAGUCCCGCAGUAAGGAGAAUUAAGAGCGAGAGCGAGAGAGAGUCAAGCGAAUCCUUGAUGAUUGUAAGCCAGAGUCAAGCUAGGAUAUUUAUCAAAAAACAAAAACAAAAAGGUGUAUAUGUAUACAAUCGCAUAUGUACACUUAUGCAUACAAAAAACAAAAAACACACACACACACAAUUCCAGAUAUAGGAAGUUUCUUCUUGAAUCCGAGUUUUCUAAGUUGAACGAAAAAGUUUUAGAAUAACAAUUAUGACAUCCUAUUACUGCUUUAAACUUGUUGAAAAUAAUAAAAACCCACUUAAAAGAUAAA